AUGGUGAGUUUGGCGGCAGAAAAAGCAGAUAAAAGAAAGAGAAUACGUCUUAGUUACGGAGCGUAUAUUACGUUUAAACGCAGAAAUAAUGGACGUAAUAAGCACGGCCGAGGACAUACAAAGCCGGUGCGCUGUUCCAACUGUGCACGGUGUGUGCCAAAGGACAAGGCUAUUAAGCGGUUUACUGUACGAAACAUUGUUGAAUCUGCGGCCAUUCGUGAUAUUUCAGAUGCCAGUGUGUACCAGGAGUAUGCACUGCCGAAGCUGUAUAUCAAGCUUCACUAUUGCGUCUCCUGUGCCAUUCACAGUCACAUUGUUCGUGUCCGUUCGCGCGAGGGGCGCCGGAUCCGUGUUCCCCCGCUGCGUCAGCGCUAUAACAAGGACGGAAGGAAAAUCAAUCCUGUAAGUGCUGCAAAGGCACUGAUUUCAUAG